GUUACGAUGCUCCGUCAACGCACCACCGUAGAUGCUCCAUGAACGCACCACCGUAGAGCAAACCGAGGAAGUGUUGCUACUGCGUCGUGACGACGUGCCUAUCGGAGAAAGACAGAGCUGUCGGAGCGAGGCUGAAGACCAACAGCUGUUAACCAGGAGCUGCUUUUCAAUCCGGCUGCUGUUUAAACCCUGCGUGUACUCCCCGUGUACUCUGUGUACUCCCUGUGUACUCCCUGUUAGCUUCCUGUGUACUCCCUGUGAGCCGGCCCUGAGCAUGGUUUUGCGGGAGGUCCCGGUGGAGAACAUGGCCCGUCCUCUGGGCAGGAACGAGGUCAUCGGGCUGCUGUUCCGUCUCACCAUCUUCGGCGCCGUGACCUACUUCACCAUCAAGUGGAUGGUGGACGCCAUCGACCCGACCAGGAAGCAGAAGGUGGAGGCACAGAAACAGGCGGAGAAGUUGAUGCGUCAGAUUGGAGUUAAGAACGUGAAGCUGUCUGAAUAUGAGAUGAGCAUCGCCGCUCACCUGGUCGACCCGCUCAGCAUGCAGAUCACAUGGAGGGAUAUUGCUGGUCUGGAUGAGGUGAUCACAGAGUUGAAGGAGACGGUGAUCUUACCGGUCCAGAAGAGACACCUGUUCCAGGGAUCCAGACUGCUGCAGCCGCCCAAAGGCGUGUUGCUGUACGGACCCCCGGGCUGUGGUAAAACCCUUAUCGCCAAGGCGACGGCCAAGGAGGCAGGCUUUCGUUUCAUCAACCUGCAGCCGAGCACGCUGACGGACAAAUGGUACGGAGAGUCCCAGAAGCUGGCCGCCGCCGUCUUCUCAUUGGCUGUCAAACUGCAGCCGUCAAUCAUCUUCGUAGACGAGAUAGACUCGUUCCUGAGGAGCCGCUCCAGCUCGGACCACGAAGCCACGGCCAUGAUGAAGGCUCAGUUCAUGAGUCUGUGGGACGGCCUGGACACAGACCACCACUGCCAGGUUAUCAUCAUGGGAGCCACUAAUCGUCCUCAAGACCUGGACUCUGCUAUUCUGAGGAGGAUGCCGACCAGGUUUCACAUCAACCAGCCGAGUAUGGGCCAGAGAGAGCAGAUCCUCAAACUCAUCCUGGAGAACGAGAGCGUGGACCACUCAGUCGACCUCGUUGACGUCUCCAGGGAAACGGACGGUUUUUCAGGAAGUGACCUCAGAGAGAUGUGUCGCGACGCCGCUCUGCUCUGUGUCCGAGACUUUGUCCACGCUCAGAACGACAGUCCAUCAGAGGACUUCAUCCGUCCCAUCCAUCAGUCAGACCUGCAGAAGGCCAUCGGGAAGAUGAAGAAAUCUAAGAUGGCGGGUGGACACGGAGGCCUGCUGCACGCCGCUCUGGACUGAACACACACACACAGACACACACACACACACACAUGCAUACACACACACACACACACACAGAGACACACACACAGACACACACACACACAUGCAUACACACACACACAGACACACAGACACACACACACAC